AUGGUUACGCGCGGCCGGUGGAGUCAGGUGUACGUGGACGCGAUGGGGAAGGGCACCAAAGACUAUGCCCGAGUUUGCAGUGACCUGGCCACCGCAUACUUCGACCUGGACAAGCGCGAAAGGGCGGCGGAGCUUUACGCGGAGUCCCAGAGCGCCUUUGAAGCUACCGGGGAGGAGGACGUGGAGUGCGCCGGCGAGGGUUCAGGCUGA